AUGAGGUUGAAUCCAGCAAAGUGUGCUUACAGGGUCCAGUCGGAAAAAGUCUUGGGCUUCAUUGUAUCUGAGAGAGGAAUCGAGGCUUCUCCAAAUAAGAUAAAAGCCAUACUCAACAUGAAGCCUCCAAAGAACCUGAAUGAGACGCAACGGCUGGCGGGUAGAGUGGCCUCCUUGAGAAGAUUCAUAUCCAGAUCAACAUAUAAGUGCCUCCCUUUUUUCCAAGUAUUGUGGAAGGUACAUCCUUGGAAUGAACAAUGUGACGAAGCGUUCAAAAAAUUAAAGGUAUAUCUGGCCAGUCCACCCCUAUUGAAACAACCAGAGCAGGGUGACGUACUUUACGCAUAUUUAGCAGUUUCCCUGAAUGCUGUAUCUACCGUCCUAGUAAAAGAGGGGGAGGCUGCCCAGCAUCGGGUAUAUUACGUUAGUCGAGCACUCAAAGGGGCUGAAGCAAGGUACCCUCAAAUUGAACUGUUAGCUUUCGCUCUAGUAACGGUGGCCAAAAAGCUCCAACCUUACUUCCAAGCUCACACAGUAAGAGUACUCAUGGAGACCCCCCUAGCGAAAGUCCUGAAAAAAUGGGAUAGCACGGGCCGAUUGAUAGGUUGGUCGAUUGAGCUUAGCAAGUUCGAUUUGGAGUACGAGCCAAGGAAGGCUUUCAGAGGGCAAUCGCUGGCAAAUUUUGUGGCAGAAUUCUCGAAAUUUCCCCAAGAAGAAACAAUAGAACCAUCGGAGAAGUCGUGGGUACUAUUCAUAGACGGCUCAUCUUGCCGAGAAGGUGGAGGCCUAGGAGUGCAUUUAUUGAGUACUAACGGAAAAGGACGACACUACAUGGCGACGCUGGCAUUCAAAGUAACAAACAAUGAAGCACUGAUAGCAGGAUUGUUUGUGGCUGCACAAAUGGGGGUAAAGGAGAUAGAAGCUAGGUCAGACUCGCAAGUGGUUGUAAAUCAAGUGUUGGGCCUAUAUGCUACGAAAGAAUGGGGGAGCAAGAUUAUGGAAUACUUAGAAGAAGGAAAAUUGCCAGAAAUAAAAGAUGAGGCGAGGAGGGUGAAGAAAAAGGUGACUAGAUUCCAGCUCAUCGAUGGAGUUCUUUACAAAAGGGGAUUCUCAACCCCAUUACUACGGUGCAUCUCCACACAAGAAGCACAGUACGUCCUUGCAGAGAUACACGAGGGGAUAUGUGGGAAUCAUUCUGGCAGAAGAACUUUAGCCAGAAAAGUGGUUCGGGCGGGCUACUAUUGGCCCAAUGCUUUAAAGGACGCACGAGAGUUCAGCAAGAAGUGUGUCAAAUGCCAAACGUUCAAAAUCCCCCAAAGUCUUAUAACGGAUAAUGGGCGCCAGUUCAACUCAGACCACUACAAGGAGUGGUGCGCUGAGUUGAAAAUCAAGGCAAAGUACUCCUCCCCAGGCCAUCCCCAAGCAAAUGGUCAAGCUGAACCAACAAACAAGGCGUUACUCUCAAUCCUUAAGAAAAAGGUUGCAGAGACAAAAGGGGAAUGGCAGACAAGUUGCCAGGUGUACUUUGGGCGUACAGAACUACAGCAAAAACUCUAA